AUGGAUGGAAAACUACCAUCCGUACCUUCUGCACCCCCAGAACCCCAAUCCAUCUUGCGCAAAUAUCCACGGUUCUUCUUCUGGAUACAAACCUUUGAUAACUUAUUACUUCUAAUAAUAAUCGGACUCUACUGGUACUGGCACUGGAAUCGCAAUCCCUUUGAAAGAGAAGCCCCGCGCCCAACUGUGACAACAAUCUUACCAGAAGAACAACCCGAAGAACGGGACACGGCGGCCGAGUUUCAGGUUUCUUGCAUCCCAUAUAACGAGACUACGAUCGUCAAUAUCAUCAGUGAUAUCUAUCGCACCUAUUUACAGCUAAAUUAUCUUUCAGAUUGGGAGGUCUCCUGGGCCCCAGAGGGAGGCCAUCCCAUCAAUGAGGCUCUCUGCGAAGAGCUUCACAUAGACCCAGUUGUGAUCUCGCUGAUGAAACGACUACCAUAUGUGCGAUUCUCAGGAAUAUCAAACGAUAUAGAAUUCAUAUACCCAUAUUCCAGAGCAUACGUGUAUCUUGAGGAUUAUGAGAUUCGAGUCGGUCGCGAUCCGGAUUUCGUUGGCUUUGAUGAGCCGCGGACAGAUGUUCUUCUUCCCCAGGAGAUUGCUUUGACUUGUUCGAUGGAUGAGGGUAUCCAGAAUCAAAAGAAAGUGAGUUAG